CCGCCUCGUGACCCGGAAGUGACUCGUCGCUGUGUUGACACGUAUGUAGCUCUCCGUCUGUUCCUCAGAGCUUUUACACCGACUGAUAAAAAGUAAACUUUAUAAUCGUGUAAACAGCUUUAACUUUAUAUUAAAUUCCCCUCGGAAGCUUUAACAGGAAAGUAACUCAGCAGUAUUACGCUUUUAAAGGCCGCUCACCAUGUCCGGGUUUGAGAGUUUCAACACAGAUUUCUACCAGUCUCCUUACACCGUAGACGAACAGAACCAAGGAUCUUACAGCUACAACAAUGCAGAAGAUCCGUACAACAACAAACAGUACGGUCAGUAUGACUAUUCUCAGCAGAUAGGCUACGGUGCCCCACCCAUGAUGCAGCCUCAGCAGCCUUAUACAGGACAGAUCUAUCAGCCCACGCCUGCGUUCACACCGACCGCCUCACAGUCCAUGUACAACAGCGGCUUUGAGGACGAGCCACCGCUGCUGGAGGAGUUGGGAAUCAAUUUUGACCACAUCUGGCAGAAGACGCUGACGGUGCUGCACCCUAUGAAGGCAGCAGAUGGCAGCAUUAUGAAUGAAACUGAUCUGACUGGUCCCAUGGUGUUCUGCCUGGCCUUCGGGGCUACGCUGCUGCUCACGGGUAAGAUCCAGUUCGGCUACGUUUACGGGAUUAGCGCCAUCGGCUGCCUGGGUAUGUACUGCCUCCUGAACCUCAUGAGCAUGACCGGUGUCUCCUUCGGCUGUGUAGCCAGCGUCCUGGGCUACUGUCUGCUACCCAUGAUUCUCCUCUCCAGCUUUGGUGUGCUCUUCUCCUUACAAGGCUUGCUGGGGAUCGUAUUAACGGCUGCCAUCAUCGGCUGGUGCAGCUUUUCUGCCUCGAAGAUCUUCAUCUCUGCUCUGAUGAUGGAUGGCCAGCAGCUGCUGGUUGCUUACCCCUGCGCUCUGCUCUAUGGAGUGUUCGCUCUCAUCUCCGUAUUCUGAACUUUCUUUACAGGACAAACGACGCACAAACACACACUUUUAAUCUUAACCAACAGCCACUUUGAAACAAAGUGCGCAGACCAGGCCAUGAUCCGGCCAAGUCAAGAAGCUCCUCACAAAUUUAGCACAUUCCCUCUAAACAUCUGCCAGAUGUGGUCCACAGUUGUUCUCUCGCCCCCCCUCCCCCAUGUCUCUCUCUGUCUCUCUCUCUCUCCCUCCCUCCCUCUGUCUCUCUGUCUCUCUCUCUGUCUCUCUCUCUCUCCCUCUGUCUCUCUCUCUCCCUCCCUCUGUCUCUCUGUCUCUCUCUCUCUCUCUCUCUCUCUCUCUCUCUCUCUGUCUCUCUCUCUCUCUCUCUCUCUCUCUCUCUCUCUCUCUCUCUCUCUCUCUCUCUCUCUCUCUCUCUCUCUCUCUCUCUCAGCCCUGUUUACUUUUAGACCAGUUGCUUGUCCAGUCUUUAGUUUUAUCAUUUCAAAAGCGACUUAUUUGUAUUUUUUUCUUGUUUAGACUAAUGAACAAAAUUAAACGGCUCUCUAAACGGCUGAAAGUGGACCAGAGGCAUUUUUAUAUAUGUAUAAAUAUAAAUAGUGAACAAUUCUGUAAUCGAAUCCCAUUUGUUUCUCCUUUAUUACAGCACACAGCUUUCUACAGAACACAGCUGCUUUUUUCUGCUGUGCUCAGCAUGUUGUCAGGCAGCGAGUCUGAGACGAGCCGUGAUUAGUUCGGGACGUGUGGUGUGUGUGUGUGUGUGUGUGUGUGUGUGUGUGUGUGUGUGUGUGUGUGUGUGUGUGUGUGUGUGGAGUUUAUUUUAAACACACAUUCUUACACACCAAAAAAAUGUAUUUUCCCCCAGCGUUUAUUUACACGUGUAAAUGAUGGAACGGCCGAAACCAUGGAAACAGGAUCAUUUAAUUUCAAAUCAAAAGCCACGGCUCUUAUUUCGGCACGAACAUAAACCUCUAUUGGUUAUUUUUCUUUACUAAUUUUGUCGAAACUUGACCAUAAUCAUAAUCAUUUAUUUUUUGGUGAGAACUUUGCACGAGUGUACGCUUUCACACUUUCACACUUCACUCCAGUAAAAGCUUCAGGUUUGCGCUUUGCUCUGUUUGUCUCUCACACGGCCGAGAGCGUUUUUUUUUUGUUUGUUUGUUUUUUUUUUUUACGUCUAGGAGAGUCUGAUGGUUUUUAUCUCUUCUGUGAAAAGUCAGUUAAACGAUGGUUGAGUGUUACACUUGUGCUGUUUCACAGGCCAUGUUUCCAAAAUAAAAAAUAAAUGGGUUGAA